CCUAUUUUCUGUUUUCUUUAGGUGCCAGUGGAGAAUAGAGAGAUGAAGACUUUAUCCCCCCUCUUCCUCCUCCUCCUCCCCCUCUUCCUCACCUCAGGAGUCUGUGACGACGUCAAAUACAUCUCCAAGAGGAACUCAGUGGACGGAUGCCUAGACUGGUCAGUGGACCUGAAGGAGUACCAUGUUCUGGCCGGUGAACCCGUCCGGGUGAAAUGUGCCUUGUUCUACAGCUACAUCCGAACCAACUACACCAUGGCCACCAACGCCAAGCUGCGCCUCAUCUGGUACAAGAAUAAAGGAGAUGCAGAGGAGCCGAUUAUCUUCUCGGGUCAUCGGCUGAGUAAAGAAGACGACUCUAUCUGGUUCCGAUCUGCUGAAAUGGAAGAUAAUGGAUUCUACACCUGUGUGCUGAGGAACUCAACAUACUGCAUGAAAGUGUCCAUGUCGAUGACAGUGGAGGAGAGUGAUGAGGGAAAGUGCUUCAGCAGCAACAUCCGCCACCUGGAGAAAGCUGAGAUAACCCAUAGCAAGAUGAUCACCUGUCCUGAUAUAGAAGACUAUUUGGCUCCGUACAAGCAGCCACAGAUGACGUGGUAUAAGGAGUGUGAGCGGGUAGAGUGGAGAAGCUCCAUAACAAUUAACACUACACACAUCUGGAUUCCUGAGGUGGAAGAGGGUGAUGGGGGAAACUACACCUGUGAGUUGCAGUAUGGAUCUAGAUUGGUGCGGCGGACAACAGAACUUAAAGUAACAGCUCUUCAGACCACUCAGCCCCCUAAGGUGCUCUUUCCUCUGGGGAGACAAGACACCGUGAUAGAAAUCACCCCUGGUAUGCCUCUCAGUCUGGACUGCAAGGCCUUUUUUGGCUACAGUGGAGAAAACAGAAGGCCGAUCAUCUACUGGAUGAAAGGAGAAAAGUUUGUUGAAGAACUAGCGGGACAUAUAAAAGAAAGUGAAGUCAGGAUUUUGAGGGAGCAUUUAGGGGAGAAGGAGGUGCAGCUAUCCUUAACGUUUGAUGCUGUUGAGGAGACGGACCUGGCAAACUACACCUGCUAUGUGGAGAACCACAUAGGGAAGCGCAGCGGGAGUGCUAUCCUGCAGAAAAAAGACAUGUAUCGUCUCGAGCUGGCCGGUGGUCUGGGGGUCAUCUUGUUGCUUCUGGGAGUCCUGACUGCACUGUACAAGUGUUACAACAUGGAGAUCAUGCUCUGCUACAGGAGGCACUUUGGAAGUGAUGAAGCUGAAGACGAUAAUAAGGAGUACGAUGCCUAUCUGUCCUACACUAAAGUGGACCUGGACUCUUUGGGCAGGACGAGCAGCGACGAGGAAACAUUUGCUUUGGAGAUUCUGCCAGACGUUUUGGAAAAGCAUUACGGAUACAAGCUGUUUCUACCAGACAGAGAUCUUAUACCCAGCAGUACCUACAUUGAGGACUUGGCUCGCAGCGUGGAGCAGAGCAGACGUUUGAUCAUCAUUUUGACUCCAGAGUUCGUUGCCAAAAGAGGGUGGAGCAUCUUCCAGAUAGAGACACGCCUCCACUCUAUGCUCGUCACUGGGGAGAUCAAGGUGAUCAUGAUCGAGUGUGCAGACUUAAAGAAUGUCAUGAACUAUCAAGAAGUGGAAGCGCUUAAACACACAAUCAAGGUUUUAUCCAUCAUCAAGUGGAGGGGGGCUAAGAGCAAUGAGCUGUCAUCAAACUUUUGGAAACAUGUCGUCUAUGAGAUGCCUGCCAAACGCAGAGAGACGUUGUCAAGGCGCCAGGUGAUGGACUCUGGUGAACAGGGCCUCUUUGGUGACCUGCAGACUACCGUGUCCACCAUCGCAAUGACAACCACCUCUGCCUCCUUGGCGCCCCAGAAUGAUAGUCGGCAUGGACAUCAUCAGGUUGCCUUGGCGACAGAGAUUCCUGACUACAACCAGAUGACAUUGCCACUAGGGGGCGGUCACUCAGCCCAAAUGCGACAUUUCUGCCGGAGCUACGAGUUCCAGCUUCCCACACAGCCUCCCUCCAUGUCGCCUCCUCUCCCUCUUCCCUCGGCCGUGCAGUUUUCCACAUUGGGCCCCGGUGGUCGUCACGUCUAUUGCAACAUCCCUAUGACACUACUGAAUGGACAGGGGUUCAGAGCAGUUCACUGGGGAACAAGAGGUGACUCAGAGCAGUACACUUGGGAAGAAGCCAGAAAUCCAUCUGAACAGCACCUUCGGACCUCUCACCAGCAGAGAACUAAGCUCUGACAUUUGGUAGAAGGAAAGUUCCCUGGAUGAUCAGACUGGUUUACAGGCUCCUCUUAAACUGGCUUUGGACAUGUGGUAGACUGGCUUACCGACAGGUUUUCAUUGGAUUUUUGGACAGUGUACAGCCUUGUUUUUCGGGAGAGACUGCGGACUGCCUGCACAAUAGUUUUUGAGACCCAUCCUAAGUUGUCAAAAAAGGACUGCUUAAAGACUUCAAACAACUUGGAUUCACAGUGGUUGAUUAUACUGGCUGAAGACUGACUGCUAGUAUUGGACCUGCCAGGGGUUAGGAGCGUAUGAUGUGUAAGAUGUGUAGCCAGCACCCUUGAAGAAGAGCGGUACUAUACAACAUGAGAGUUCAGAAGCAAUGGACUAGUGGAGAAAGCCUGUAAACAGGUAUGGACAUGUGGAUAUUUUGAACUUGAUAGUCAAUAAAGGUCCACAAAACCUCUGUGGUGAGUACAUGUCCACAGACAGUGGUACUUCACUUGUCAACAAAGUAUCAAGGUUGAAACUGGAGCACGCACACCAGCCGCGUACCCCAAAAACAAGAUGAUUUUCUAGCUGGUAAGCUAUUAGGACAUAUAAGUCCACUGAAAAACAGUGCAGUAGGGUGUUUAAGGAAAGCCAGUAUAUCUUCAUACUUGCUGUGAGGAAAUCAACCUACCUGUUGACUCGGUGGAUUGUCAGUAGACUUCAAGCAAUGAUUUUGGAAUACCAGUCCACCUUAAAUCAACUUGUCAACCUCUUUGAUUACAACGUUUGGCUAUACCUAGCUAGCUACCUGGUGUGGUCCUCAUAGCUUAAACGGUUGACUAAAAAGAAAUGAACUUGCUCAAGACAGCAAUUGCUUAACUUAAUUACUGAGAAUGCAAAGAAAGCUGGUGUAAUGGAAACAUGUCUCGUUGUUCAUACGAGUCGACUAUAAGGCAACUUGCUUCUUCAAGUGGAGGGAUUCCAAAAAGCUCCGUGUGACCACCAACCAGAGUGCUCAGACUUUGAAAUCUAGUGAUUAGUUAAUUCAUCAUUGGGUCAACUGGCCAAGAGGUGACCUGCCAAUUUUUACCAUCAAGCUAAAAGCAUAAAGGACUUGACUCUUUCUAUUUGCAUGACCACCCAUUUAGAUUAAAAAGAGUAUUAAAUAAAUAUAGAUAAAAGAGUUAAUGACACAACAUUUCUCGCAACCUCUUUUAGUAUGGAGGAGAAUAAAUGUCUUAUGUUGAUACAGUAUUUUUUUUUCUUCUGUCCGGCCAUAAAGUAAUGAAUAAAGCUGAAAAGGUGAAAAGGGGGUGACCCUCCAAAAUACUUUAAAAAUAUUUAUUAUAUUUGUUUCAGCCUUUUUGAUGGUUGGUGAGCAUUUUGCCAGGCUUUGUUUUAAAUGUUUGUUUGUUUGUUACAAUAAUCUCUGUACAGCUUCCAUAAAUUCUGCAUAGACCUAUACAUAACAGUGAUUUGUUACCUACGGUUUUUGUUAACACCAUUAUUAUGUGUGUGGGACCCAGAGCCACUAUUGCUUCAUUUAGUUCCUCUUUUAUGAGUGGGUGGUGAGAUGGAUGGAUGGAUGGAUGGAUUGAUGAGUGGAUGGAUGGAUGGUCAUGGCAGUAGACCCCUGCAAGUGGCUAAUGUUUUGAACAAGUCACUCUGGAUUCAAAACCACUAUUAGUCACCAAAAGGGGGCUUCACUACUAACAUUGUUGGACUCCAAGCUGAACCAGACCAUUCUUAUUUUUGAGCUUUAAGAUACCAAGUCAAUUACAAUACUAUUUAAGAAAACCUAUAAUGUUUUUAAUUUACACUAAAAACUGUCAUUGUUUUAUAAGAACCAAUGAAUCCUGGGUACUGCAGAUUGUUUGAUACAAUAAUUAAUUAUCUGAGUUGUUAUAUUCGAUGGCAAUAUACAGUAUAGUGGUUGUCUUUGGGUUUUUGCUCAUUUCUUUGACUUUUCUUUGGAUAUAUUGGUUGAAUAAUUUAACUAAGAGCAAAUAAAAGUUAUAUGAGUUUUUUGUACAAUGUGGGGUCUGUCGUAUAUGCAACUGUUUUUUCUUCCUCCUUCAUAUGUUUACUCUCCCCAUGUUUGUUUUAAUUCUCUGUUACAUGCUUAACCAAACUCUCCACAGGUGUUCCUUUUCUUUCUUUAACAAUUAUCAAACCCAUAUGAUCUGCCUCUGCAAAACACAUACCACCCAUGCCCUUCCAAAGAGGGGCGUGGUCAGACACAACUCAUUUACAUUUAAAGCUACAGACACAGAAAGAGCCUGUUCUGAGCAGGGCUGAAAUAGAGGGGUUUAUAGACAUGAUCAAAUACAGGAUCAGAGUGGAUUCAUAACAAUAAACUUCUAAGACAU